AACGUGGAGAGAUCCGCGCUGGUAGACCACCUACCCCAUGCACGCUGCUUGCUCUCGCUAUAAUGCCAAUAUCUUAUCUUAUGUCUUUGCUGUUUGGACAUAGUCCUGGAACCGGUGCAGAAAUUUCAGCAUCGGCUUCUUCCGAUACUCGGUUAGUUCCCGAAAAGGACACCUCUGAUACUUUGACGCUUCCGGAUGGUCGAAAACUUGGCUUUGCACAGUUCGGAUUACCAACAGGUAAACCCAUAUUCUACUGUCAUGGCCUCCCAGGCUCCCGCGUUGAGGCUGGGCAUCUUCACGAAGCAGCCUUGGACGUAGGCGCACGCAUCAUUGCGACAGACCGACCAGGUAUGGGUUUGAGCACAUUUCAACCUCAGAGAAAGCUUGUCGAUCAUCCAAAGGAUCUGGAACACCUUGCCGCUCACCUUGAGUUGCAAGAAUACGGCGUGUUGGGUGUAUCAGGUGGUGGACCGUAUGCGCUUGCAUGCGCGGCAUCGAUGCCUGACAAAAACCUCAAAUGUGUAUCCAUUGUAUGUGGCAUUGGCCCGCCAGAUAUCGGCAUGGCCGGAGCGGGCUGGUUCCACUGGCUUGGAUUCACAUACGGGUGGCGGUACACUCCUCGCCUUGCCGGGUGGUUUUUCCACCGGCAAGGCCGCUUUCAUCUGUCGGAUGAAAAGAGGCUCGCAAUGCAACUGGAGGAAGCGGAGAAGAACAAGGCAGCUUUCCCGAAGCAAGAGCUCGGGAUCUGGACAGACAGUGAGAUCGUGGGACGCAUCGUCAUGACGAGUCGACAGUACUACGCUCAGGGGAUCGAUGGCGUGAGUUAUGACGGCUACCUGGUCGGUACGGAGUUUGGUUUCGACAUAGAAGAUAUUCGUUCUGAUCUGCCAGUGCAGCUGUGGUAUGGCAAAGGCGACACAUUUGUUCCUUUGAACCAUGGAAAACAGAUCACUAAACGGCUAGGGAACAGCGCCCAUCUUAGGGUCGAGGAUGAUACACAUGCGAGUAUCUUCUUCAGGUGGAGGAAAGAAAUUUUGGCGGACCUAGUAAGAUGUAUAUAAGAUUAGCGCCACGGGAUUUAUAUGAUUUAGACUAGUUAAUUAUCGUCGCUUUAAAUAGAACCUCACUUUGUCUCUCGUUAAUCAUAUUAGGUCUACAAUUCUUUGGAAGAAGUGUUCACCAAAUCUCGAGAGUAUGACGGUUCUGCAUAUUGGUCAAAAGU